AUGUGCUACUACGGCAGCUACUAUGGAGGCCUGGGCUAUGGCUAUGGUGGCCUAGGCUGUGGCUAUGGUUGUGGCUGUGGCUGUGGCUAUGGCUGUGGCUAUGGCUGUGGCUAUGGCUGUGGCUAUGGUGGCUAUGGUUAUGGCUGUUGCCGCCCACUGUGCUGUAGAAGAUACUGGUCCUGUGGCAUCUAUUGA